UUUCUUUAAGGCGAAAAAGAGAACUCUCAGGCUGGCACUUCGUGUAGUUUAGCCCAGAUCCCUGUUUUAAUUAGCGUUUCAUUUCAUCUCCUCCUCUCCCUCUCCAGCCCCACCUCCUUGGAAUCAGCAUUUCUGCAUCCUUUCCUGUGCAUUGCAGAGCAGCAGGUGGAAGUCUGGCUGGCACCUGCACACACUCACACACACACCCUGCAGGCUGGACGCACCUCUGCCGCGGGAGAGAACCCUUCCCACACUCCGGAUCUUCCUCCUGCCGAGCGAGCUGGGCUGGGAGCAUCCCAGUCCUCGCCUCAAGCUGCUCUGCCUCCCCACGCCGGCUCUGGCUGCAGCACCAGCAGCACCCGGGCACGGAGGACCUCGGGAGGCCCCGGGGAGAGAGCUCUGCAGGGAGCCAAGCCCAGCUGGGGGGUAAGAGCUGAGCCUCGGGGGGCUGGAGCAUCCCCAGUAUCUGGGGCGUCCUGGAGUCCAGAUCAUCCCCAACAUCCAGGGUAUCCUGGGUACGGAGCAUCCCUGGCAUCUGGAGUAUCCUGGGAUCCAGAGCAUCCCCAGCAUCUGAAGUAUCCUGAGUGCAGAGCAUCUGGAGUAUCCAGAGCAUCCCAGGGGCUUAUUAUUCCCUGGUCCAGCGCAUCCAGAGCAUCAGAGAAUCCAUAACAUCCUGCCAUCCCUGGCAUCUCGAGUAUCCUGCCAUCCAGCAGAUCCCCAGCAUCCAGCAGCAGCAUCCAGGGACAUCCCAGAGCAGGGGCAUUUGCAGGGACAAGGCACUGCCUGGCUGUGAGUAACAGGGAGGGAACCUUGCUUCUGCUGAUCGGCUCCUGGGAAUGUCACUCUGCCCUGAGCACCAGUGAAGAGAGAGAGCAGGGGAAGAGAGGGAGACGACGAGGAGGAGAGGGAGAGGAGGAGGAGGAAAGGAGAGGAGAGAGGAGGACAGACACAGAGCAGACAGAUGGUCGUUCUUCCCCUGGAUCCAGCUCUGGUGAUGAUCACGUAGCACAGGUCACGCCAGAGAAGGUCCCCCCAACCCCAAAGCUCCCAUGGAGGGUGACCUGGGGGCCCCCAAUUCCAGCAUGCUGGGGGAGCACUCGCUGCUCGUGGGGAGCAGCUGGGUGGCUGCUUUCCUGUGCUUCAUCAUCCUGCUGACCACGGCAGGGAACUUCCUCCUCAUCCUCCUCAUCAUCACUCAGCGCUCCCUCCGCAACACCUCCAACUACUUCCUGGUGUCCCUGUUCAUGUCAGACCUUAUGGUGGGGCUGGUGGUGAUGCCCCCAGCCACGCUCAACCAGCUCUAUGGGCGCUGGGUGCUGCGGGGGGACUUCUGCUCCCUCUGGGCCUCCUUCGACGUCAUGUGCUGCAGUGCCUCUAUCCUCAACCUCUGCAUCAUCAGCCUGGACCGGUACCUGCUCAUCAUCUCCCCGCUCAAGUACAAGAUGCGCAUGACCUCCUGCAGGGCCCUCUGGCUCGUCCUGGCCACCUGGACCGUGGCUGCGCUGGCCUCCUUCCUGCCCAUCAAGAUGGGAUGGCACGAGCUGGAGUUCGAGGAGCUCUCCCUGAACGUCACCUCGUGGGGGGACGAAGACCAGUGCCGGCUGGUGGUCAGUUUGCCGUAUGCCCUGGUCGCCUCUUGCCUCACCUUCUUCCUCCCGUCUGCUGCCAUCUCCUUCACCUACUGCCGCAUCCUCCUGGCUGCCCGCAAGCAGGCGGUGCAGGUGGCUUCCCUCACCUCCAACAUGGCCACCACCACCACUGCUGAUGACACCAUGCCACAGAUUCCCUGUGUCCCAAGCCAGCCCAUGGCCGGCAGUGAAAGCAGGAGGUUCACCAACAAGCACAGCAAGAAGGCACUGAAGGCCAGUCUGACCCUGGGCAUUCUCCUGGGCAUGUUCUUUGUGGCCUGGCUCCCCUUCUUCAUUACCAAUGUGAUGCAGUUUUCACACAUGGAUCACCUCCAUUUCACCUACUGCACUGAGAGGAGUGAUGGAAACACAUCCUAUGACUCAUGGAUAAGAGGUUUGGAGCUGCUUCAGCCCAUGGAACAUCACGUCUUCUUGGAGCUGCGUUUCCUCUCCUGACUUGGAGCAUGUCUGUCUCAGUUUCCUGUUAAGCAGUGAGUUAUAGCCCAGUGAAACCAUCGUGUUUAAUCAUGGAGAGCUGCACUGUGGGGGUUCAAUUGGGUGCAGAAUGUCCAACACUGAUUUUUGGAUGUUCUGUGGAGGUGUGGGGAUGCAACUCGUCAUGGCUUUGUGGGUUGUGUGACAGUAGUAAUGGGAUCAGUGCCUCUUACAGCUCCAUCCUACAGCUUCCCAUUCUUGGCACAGGACCACCACACUUCUCUCUGACAAUCCGUUAAUUUUUAGAUGAUGCAAUUAGAAAAUACACUCUCACCCCCUUUCAAAUAGGAAUCUAAAGAAAUACUGUCUUUUAAAUGACAAUUCCAGGCCACCUCCACCCAGCCCACCCCCACCAUAGCCAUAAGCAGAGAGAACAGUGAGUAAUGUGGCAAGUGGGCUCUUAAAAAAAUCAAUAAAACAAAUGAUUUUAGUAAAUUCUUCCUCAAGUGCCUUUGGGCUGCAGAGCUGGGCUGACAGUUGGCUGCUGUGCCCUCCCUGAACCCCUCCCCUCCAAGCCUUCUGCCUAAUUCUCAGCUCCCAUUAACGGGUUUGACUGUGCUCUUGGAACUCACCAGUAUCCAAACAGACACAGAGCAUCCCCUGGAUAUGGAAUGCUGGAAGAAACAGCCACGCUCCAAGCAAAUCUCACUAGUUUUCUUUCCAUGUUGCCCAUGGAUGUUCCAGAACUGAACAAGAGUUUUUAUGACCAACUUGACAUUUACUUGGUACUUUGUACCCCCUGGGAGCCAGCACUGGCCCAACAGUCAGGGAUGAGCGACUGGGACACACUGAGGGUUCAUCAGGUUCAAACCUCAAACUGUUCAAUACAUUUUCCCCUGGAUGUGGGGACAGAGAGCCUGGGGCUGGUGUCAAGCAUAGAGGUGUCAAGCAUCUUCCCACAAAACAGUUUUAUAUAAAGCCACACUUUGACUACAACUCCUGUUAAAAAGGAGCAGGAAAAUGCACGAUGGAGUCUGGAAAUCCGUUAGGUACUAAAUUAGCCUUGGGAGAUGGACAGAGAGAGAGAGAGA